AUGGCCAGACGAUAUGAUGGAACGACCGACGAGCUCAUCGUACAGCCUGUGAGCCAUCGAUGCAUCGCUGACAUGAUACUUCGCAUGUCGUCAUUGCGACGCGCCACUCCUGUCUUAUGGCGCUCCUAUCACCUCAUGGCCUCACGCGAUCUGUCGCUCAGCCAACACCUCCCCAAGAUGCGUCUUGCCUCGCUCUUCCUCGCAGUCGCCGGCCUCGUCCGAGCUCAGAUCAGAUAUAAAUGUGUCGGGUACUCUGAUUGCUACGUAGGGUGCUUCAGCCCACCAGGAGCACCUCUACCCUACGCUGUGCAAGCUGAGCAAGUCGCGACGUUGGUGAAACUCAGCUUCUACAAUAAGUAUCUGCCUCAGGGAAGGAAGCUCAGCUGCUCUGUCACACCGAGCGAAGGAUUCCCAGGGGAAAACUGCGUGGCCGAAGAAAGUGCUGCAGAACCGUCGGGAAACAUCUUUUUGGUCGAGCACAGCGGCCCGCUCAACUUGACCCCAGCGUCUUUCUCACCAGACAUAAUGGCGUUCACGACGUGCUGCAAGGUCGUGCGUAGGACAUCGCAUCGGCUAGAUGUCCAUCCGCCCACCAGCGUCAAGCCAUGGUCAUUCGUUGAACGUGAGCCCUUGGUACGGGUCGUCUGUCAAGCGCCCACCGGUCCCGGCGAGGUCUCAUCGAUCUGUCACAGAUACUUCCCUCGUCCAUUCCAGGCAUCUUGCAUGAUCGCGCCAAAUGGGUGCCAAAAGAUGUAUGCUGCUGUCCGCGAUGGCUUUUGCGGUUGGCCGAAGAGUCAAGCAGAAUCGACAGCUCCGCUAUCGGCAAAUGGCUGA